AAAAACCCAGUGCCCGCAGAAGAAACACAUGGGCAGCUGACCUCCCUUUUCUCUGGGCAUGUAUUUGAUGCCUAUCGCCUAACCAAUCCCUCAUUUGCUUAUCCUUGUCCACCUACACACCAUCAACACUCGUUUUCUCAACUCAACUUAUAGAUUUUUACAGAGGCAACAAUUCAAUUCAAUUCAAGAAUUUAAGCAGCGCAGAAGAUGAGCGAGACUUUGAGCACAAGGAACAAAGCAAAGAUGAUGGGGUUGGAUAGCGCGAAGCUGCCAAAAGGGUCAAUUCUGGUUCAUCUUCUUGCCCUCUCAGUGAUGGGUUUCGUCGUUAUAGCUCACGGGAAAUUGCCUGAGGUUUCAACAGGGCAGAAUGACUCCCCAAAUGCGCCCCCUGCAUUCUACAUUCUUGGGGAUUCCUCUGUCGACUGCGGAGACAACACGCUGUUUUACCCACUUGUUCACAGCUCUCUCUCCUUGUAUUCCUGCAACGGUUCUUCUGAUGCGAGUCUCAUUCCUCAUCUUCUCGCUGGGAAGAUGGGGAUGCCGAGUAUCCUACCAUUCUACAGUCAACAAAACGGAUCCAUUGACGGAAUACUAAGAGGCCUCAACUUUGGUUCGGCACAAGCAACUAUCAUGAACCCUAGCGGCCAGAGCUACCAGUCCAUAAACCAACAACUCCGCCAAGUUUUCGAUUCAAUGCAGCUCUUACAACUGCAGCUCAGCCAGGAUGUAGCCCUCCAUUUCAUCAGAUCAUCCAUCUUCUACCUCUCCUUUGGCAAAGACGACUACAUCAACCUCUACCUACGCAACGCCUCCUCCUCCUCCGGCGCUGAGAAACCCAAGAACAGUGACCAGGAAUUUUCCCACAUUUUAGCAAAUCAGAUGAUACAUGUCAUAAGGAACCUGUACGACAUGAAUGUGAGGAGGAUCAUAUGCAUGGGGAUAUUGCCCUUGGGAUGCACGCCGCGUAUGUUGUUGGACGGCCACAAUUCCAGUUCCACCAAUUCCAAUUCUGAACCUGGUGACGAAGGAGACGAUGAUGUCGGGAGUGGAUGCGUGGAGGAGAUCAACGAGCAGGUCUCGGAGUACAACAAGGUGCUGCACCAGCAGAUAGGCAAGCUCCACGCAGAGUUGCCGGAUGCACAGAUAGUGUUCUGUGAUGUGUACCAAGGAAUUACAAAGAUCAUAAACAACCCGAAACGCUAUGGAUUUGAGGAAGUGAAGAGUGCUUGCUGUGGGUUGGGGAUGUACGGAGCAGCAAUCGGAUGCCUUUCGAAAGAAAUGGCGUGCCAACAAGAUUCAAGCCACGUGUGGUGGGAUUUGUACAACCCAACCAAGGGAGUCAACUCCUUGCUUGCUGACUCCGCCUGGAACGGCUUUCCCCUCUCUCGCAUUUGCCGCCCUACCACCAUCCAGGAAUUACUUUCCACCUCCACUACUACCGCCGCCGCCGCCGCCGCUGCUCCGGUCUCGCAUCCUCCCACUUGAAUUCCUAAAUUUCAAAUUGAAAAUUAAUAGGGCUUGAUGUAAUUGUAGUGAUUCCACACUCCUCUGUUCAAAUGUGUGCAAAUUGCAAUUUAAAAUUGUAAAAAUCGAAAUUUUAAAAACCCCCGACGCUCACAUGUCUCGGGGAGGGAUUUAAUAAG